UUUGAGCUCAAAUAAACUCAGGUUAACACAGACAAUCCUAAACUGAGAGGGUGUUGGGUUUCUUCCAGGCAGGGCCUAGCUUGCCUCUAUCAGAUACUAUUACAAGGUUCCUCUCAUCAUUUAUUGAAGUGCUCUCCUCACCACCAUUGGCUUGAGACUGGUUAGCUGUGGCGUUUGAUCAACAAAGCGUGGGUAAGCAAAUUAUUCUCUUUUUGUCACAGCUGCUAACCAUCAGGGUGGAUACACUCCAAGCUUGGGCCGAUGCAGAACGGGGAGGUUAUGAGCCCACAGGACUCCAAGAUAUCUAGAGAAGAGGCCAUGGAGGACCACAAGGCCCCUUGCCAGAAUCAAGGAUGUUCAGAGCCCACAGCUCCUCCACUUCCUCCCCCAUCACCACCGCCAGCAGGACCACCAGAGUACCCGAGACCCAGGCUCAUCUUCCACACUCAGCUGGCUCAUGGGAGCCCAACAGGGCGUAUUCAUGGAUUCACCAAUGUCAAGGAACUGUAUGCCAAGAUUGCUGAGGUUUUCAACAUUUCUCCCUCAGAGAUCCUUUUCUGUACCUUAAACUCUCAUAAAGUGGACAUGCAGAAACUGCUUGGAGGACAAAUUGGACUAGAGGACUUCAUCUUUGCUCAUGUGAGAGGGGAGACGAAAGAAGUAGAGGUGACAAAGACUGAAGACGCGUUGGGUCUCACUAUCACAGACAAUGGAGCUGGAUACGCUUUCAUAAAGAGAAUAAAAGAAGGCAGCACCAUUGACCGACUGAAGGCAGUUUGUGUCGGUGACCACAUUGAAGCCAUUAAUGACCAGAGCAUUGUAGGAUGUCGACAUUAUGAGGUCGCCAAAAUGCUAAAGGAGCAACCAAGAGGCCUUCCUUUCACUCUUCGCCUUGUCGAGCCCAAGAAAGCGUUUGAUAUGAUUGGAAUGAGGACAAAAGCACCAAAAUCGAAUGAGGGCAAGUUGGUGAACGGAAGAGAAACACUUCGGCUUCGUUCUAAGGGUGCAGCUACAGUUCAGGAAGUGAACGAGUUUGAAGAACAGGCCACCAGGAAAGUGGAUGAUCUUUUGGAGAGCUACAUGGGGAUCAGAGACCUGGAGCUGGCAACCACUAUAGUGGAGGCAGGCAAGGACAAGAAGAACCCUGACGACUUUGCUGAGGCCCUGGACUCUGUUCUGGGAGAUUUUGCUUUUCCUGAUGUGUUUUUGUUUGAUGUUUGGGGAGCUAUUGGAGAUGUUAAAAAUGGCAGAACUUAGAUAUAUACAGUUGAGAGUAAUAUAUCUGUUCUAUGAUACGAAACGAUUUAGCUUUCCAGAUAUUCCCUCCUUAAUAAUUUGUUUGUCUUUUUCUCAUUGUAUGAUAUAAUCAUAAUAAGGGCCAGCAUUGAUUCAUCAAUCUUCCUUUGGACUUUUGAAUGUGCCCUCAAUUGAUCAUCACUCUAAUGUCAAUAAAUGAGAAACACUGUAAACU